UCCCCAGUUUCUGUCUGUCUGUCUGUCUUCCCAGCCUCCGUUUGCCUUCUCCCGCGGCAGUGCACGCAGGGAGCCCGGGGCAGGCUCUUGCCCUCCGGGGGGGUGUUGGUUUGGUGUGGAAUCGGCUAGGGCUUAGGGCAUACCAGAUGCUCCUGAGCUGUUGCAGUCGUAGGUGGUGCUUUUUUUUUCCUCUCUCUCUCCCUCUCUGAAACUCUCUGUAACCGGGGAAACCCUAAAAAAAACCCCUUCGUUUUGGUCAGAAUGAAAAAAGCAGUUUAGAAGGUUGUAAAUAGUUUUUUGUGGGCCAGGUUGGAUGAGAGGACUGAGAAGGAAGCCUGACAGGAGACUGUUAUGCUCUGACACUUGCCUUUCAGCGUUACUCAGAAAAGUAGACUUCUUUGUGGCAGCAGGAGGGAAUUGCCAUUUUGGAGUCUGCUAUUUUAAAUAUAAUUUUUAAUGGAAUAUGAGGUAUUUGACCACAGAGCUGGCAAGAAUAAGAAUCAGAAAUGGUAGUGAGAAAAGAAGGGACAAAUCUAGCUAUUCUGUCUUUAAACUUGAAAAUCUUUGUGAAAAUAAUGCAGUGUUUGUAGCUCAAGUUGGAGUUCACUUACAUUGCUUUUGAAAGUAGGUGUAUACAAAAGUAAAUAUUUUCUCUCCUCAAUGAUUAGCUAUUCUGCCUGUAGUGUAUACCAGUUAUCAGCAUAAUGCCUUUCCUAUGAAAUCUAAAUUAUUGGAGUGAUACUUCCUGAGGCCAGGAGAGCCAAUAGUUGCUAAAAAAAUAAGCCAAAUCAGCCUUUUUUUCCUAGCAUAAACUAAAUGCAAGCUAAAGAUUUACAGUCUAUUUGCUGAAAAUAUUACAUUUACUGAGCAAAAUCCUGCUCUCCGAUUUUAUUUCCAUGUUGGAAAACUCACCUCUAGUCUUACUGAAAGAUUUAAUUUCACUUUUUUUAAUAAUCCCUCAUAGUUUUGCUUUGGAUUUUAACAUAAUUCAAAAGUUCUUCCUUUACUCUGGUUCAUAAGCUUCUGAAACUGGAAAACACCUAACUUUAUCAACAUAGAAUUUCACCUUAGAAUAGGUGAAAAAAAGGUAGUGCCACAGAAAUGUAACAUACCCAGUACUACAGCUGAAGUAACUUUCACUGUUAGGUUUACUUCACAGCUCCAGAGACACGGCUUUUUUGCAAUGUGGAUCAUUAUUCUACAUGGGAUAAUUGUGGUGCUAUUAGAGGAACUUAGUAAAACAAACAGAAUCCUCAUCUUGGAAACUGUGAUAGAGUAUCUCAGAAGUUCACUGAUGAUUCUUUAGCUCACUGAUGAGCUGUAACUGUAGAUAUGGCUUUAAAAUGCUGGCUUCUCCAUAGGGCUAAAGAAAAUCCCAGAAUAUUUUCUAUGUUGUGCUUGAAGACAGAUCCAAGUACUCAAAAAUUUGAAAACCUUUUCCUUCUGCCUUCCUUCUGGUUUUAUAGAUUACAUUUCCUGCUAUUGAGUCCUGUUAUAAAAUACAGCAUUGUCACAAAAUUGGCAAAAUUUUUUGUGUGGGCAUGAGGAGUGCAGUAAUUGCUCUCUUCCUGGUGAUGUUAUAGGUCCUACUUCAGAAUAAUGUGAAAAAAAUGGGUGUGCGUUUCACCUUGAAGUAGCUGAAAUUACUUGAGGAACCCCAGGCAGUUCUACCACACGUUAAAUUGGCCAACAUUAGUUUAGAUUUCAUGAUUUUUUGUUUUCUGAUCUAUCUGUACUUUCAGUGUUAGUAACCUUGAGGUAAAACAUAUCUUUUUGUCCAUACUAAGAGUCACAAGCUUCCUGAGGUAGGAGCUGGUCACUGAAUGACUUCACCAUAACAUCUUUACUCUCCUUAGUUGAAAUUUUGCACUGUUAUCUCUAUCUGGGAGGCCUCUAAGGAUGGACAGGAUUCGAAAUAGGAGUCAGGCUUUGAACUGUUCUGCAGAAUGUUUAUGUGAUACGGUAGUAUAAGAGAGUACUAGAGAGGCUAGUAAAACUUACUCCUUUUUCAAUUUACAAUCUUCACAGAGUGUAUGUUCGUGUGUUACUCAUUUUUUGAAACAAAAAUACUUUAGUGUGUUGGAUUCCUAAAAAUUGAAUUUAAGAUCUUCAAAUAAGCUGGAGCUCUGAAUUUAUUUUCAUCUCUCUUUUUUAGCUCUGAAAAAACAUCUGUCUACUUUCAGCUACUCUCAGUAUUUAAUUUCCAUGUAGUGGUGGAUGUAGCAAGUGACUACUUGUGGAGUUUUGUUUAAAGCUAUCUUCCUAGUUAACAAAGGACUGUAAAUGUGUUGGGUUUUUCUGCAAAAAAGGGAGUGUAUUUUUCCCUUUUUAUUGUUUUCUUAAGCACCUCUGAAGGAAAAGCAUCUACUCUUACAGAGCGUUGUCAGUUGCAGACAGCUGUGCCCACAUGAAACCCUGCUGCAUAUGAUUUCAAAAUUAAGGGUCCCGUAAAGGCUUAUGGUAAGCUAACUACGCAGCCUAUGACUAGUCCUCAUUUUCAUGUAAACUCAAGACUGAACGCUCCCUAACAAAACAGAUGCAAGUUCUUUGAUUUAGUUACAGGCAAAUCUGCUUUCAAGAUUGUGCUGCUUGCUGUCGUGGAAAGCUGAGUAAAUGACUUCUGUGUCUGGCGGAUCUUUGCAGAUGAUGCUGCAGUCCACGCAGUCUGUCUUUGUGUUCAUGGAUGUUUGUGUUUAUACAAACUGCUUACUGCUUUAAAAAUCACUUCCCCAUCAGAAUGAAUGUUCUGUGUGACUGCAGCUGAAUGGAAGCAUGGUUAUUGUAGUAACUGUAUGUGCUCUGAAGCAUUCUGGAUAUACCUUUGUAACCUGUUAGGACUUCCCAGCAGAUCCAUCUUUGUGGCUUCUCUGACUGGAGAGCUCCUCAGAGGCCAUCUGGUUGGAUCUGUUGUUGCACUCCUCCUGGCCCAGUGAGUGGGUACCAGAGAUGGGAGCAGGGUUCCUCCUUCAUGAACAGCACAUCGUGGUGCCAGAGCAGCGUCCUGCCACCUUUGCAUGCCCACAAACAUCCUCAUUUGUGGGACCAGCAGCUCCAGUCCAGCCUGUCUGCAAAAAACCUCCACACCGGCUCUGAUCUCUCUCCAAGCUGUGGUAUACUAUUGGGAAAGUGUUCGUUUGGUGGUUUGUUUUUUUUUUUGUUUGUAUGUUUGUUUUGGAGAUUUUGGAUGGUUUUUGUUUUGAAGACCUAGGUUUCUUAUUUGAUUUUGUGUUUACUAGAAAUCAAGAUGAAAUUAUCCUGGUUUUGUCUAGUCAUACCAUACAAUUUGUAUAUGGCAGGAAAGAGGGAAGUGGGCAGCUAACUCAACCUUUGUACUUGCUCCCCAAACUACCAGCAACUGCUGUAAAUUUCCCCUUUUAAUAACAACUGCUUCAGAAAUACAGACUUUGACUUGACAAAAAAGCAGUUAAAAAAAGGAAGUGAUUCAACUCAACCUCAGUUGAGAGCAAGACGAAGGCUGCCAAAUAAAGCAUUUUCUCCAUAGCUUUGCAGACCUCCAUCUCUCCCAAAGUGCAAUGUGCUCUGCCUCUGACAAGGUAAUUCUCUAUCUAGUGUGCACAUAAGACUAUGCAGAGCUAAAGCUUACUGAUGGUAAUAAGCGUAACUGAAUGUAGUCUGAAACUAUAUUAAUGAGUGUUGUAGGCUCAGUAAAUGUAUUAAGUGUAUUAUUAGAUGAAAGGUAACAAAUCUUACCUUGUGAAAGAUCAGCUUUUGGAAUGGGAUAUGAUCAAAUUUUAGGACUUCGAAAUUGUGAGCAUGAACAAAUAGUAACUUACUGUUAAAAUUGGUCUGAGGAAACAGCAUGCCAAUGAGAGAAAUUAGCAGGGAAAAAAAAUCCACAUGAAGAUAAGAGCCAUGUUAAUGUGUAAAUGUUUGCAGAUCUCUCAUUUUGUUAUAAUGAAAAUGCCGGGUCUGAUUAUUCUGAGCUCUGAACAAUAGAGGAAUUGCACCCAGCUGGGUAUACAAGAUCUUUAUGAAAGGAAUUUUUUUUAAUUCUUUAUCCUGCACUCAACUAAAUUUUCUUAGUUUUCAUUCUAAAAUGGGAGCAGGAAAGACUUCUUAGCAAGCUUUAUUCUUUGAAAAUGUUAGAAGGUGAAGACUGCCAUGGUCACUUUCAGUUAAGACUGUUCCUCCUCUGGAACAGUGAUUGCUUGGUAAUCUUCUUGAGUGUGUUUUAUUUCUCAAUGGUAGUGCUCCUAUGAAAACUAAGAAUAGUAUAAAAUAAUAGUGCUAACAACCUAAAGAAAGGAUUCCAGUGUCAGCUAAAGUAUCACAAAUAUAACUGUAUUUGAAGCACACUUUAAGUUCUAGAAAUGUCUUAAUUUUUAAGUUUGUAGGCAGAAUACAGUAAUUGAAGAUUAACAGUAUCACAAACUUCAUCCUAUGAAAAUAUAUACCAAAUGGACAUUAUCAUAUAUUUAGUCUCCUUCUUUUAUUAAUUUAAUAUGUGAUAAAUAUUAUUUUUAAUGGAUUAGAUCUAGUAGUGAAAACAAGCAGGACAUUAAGUACAAAAGUCUGUGAUAAGUUACAAAGCAUAUUAAAACAUGUUCUAAAUUAUGUUAAUUCUGUAUUAUGUUAUUUGAUGUCAUAUUGCAAGCAGAAAUCCAGAAUUUUGGAAUUUUCUUUUUAAUAUUUUUUUAAUUCAAAGUGUAAGACCUUAACUAUUAGAAUUUCCCUCUGUGUGCUCUCAGCUGAAUUGUAUGCUAGCUCAUGGGGCUACUUUUCUUAAGUUUUAAAAUUUAAAUUUUCUUCCAGUUUGACUUCAGUGUACAUCUAAAAUUACUGUGAACAAAUGUUUGCCUUCCUUAAAAUAAAUUAGAAAUGCAGGGUAAAAUACUUAAAAUUGUAAUUCUGAAAACAAAGUACACUUCGGCAUAAAUCAAACAUUUAUAUAAUGCUGUUAGUCACAUAAAUUUGUGUCUAGUUUGUGUCUCUGCCUGCUGUUGGCUUGAAAUAUAAAAUAUUGACUACAGUACUUAAAAAUUGCUGAUUCCCAUAGCUGUGCUAGAUGUUUUCGCAGUGUUCCACACCUUCCUCCCACCUACCACAUUCCCCCAGUCAGUUUGCAGUGCCACGGGAAAAGUGGUGGACCCAACGUGUAAUGCAUCCCGGGCAGCAUUACUAAAAAAAACUCUGUGAUGCCAUCCCUUACUUUCUUAAAUGCACCUGUUCUGAUAUCUACAUGUAGCAGCUUAAGAGCCACAGUUUAGGAAUUAAAACCUAAAAUGCAGCUGGGGUAGCUUAAAGAAAAUAGGCAGGAAAAGGAAAUUCUUACGCUGAAUAGCUUAUGGCAAAACACAGUAAUGGACACAGUACAUAAUUAUUUUUCUUAAACAGAGUUUCUUACCAGUCUUUCUUAGUAGCUGUUAUUCUUAGAGCUAUUUAAAAAGUUGUUCUGAGGCACUGGCUUUUUUCUUGAAAGUAGUAAAAAUGUAAGGAACCUUGUAUCUCUCAAAUAUUUUAUAUUUCAUAAACUUACACAUUCAUGUUUUUGGAAGACAUUAUCUGUAAACUGUGUGGGCUUUUGCAUGUAGAGGCUGGUUUGAAAUUCAAACCUGCACUAAAUUGUUAGGCAGUGAGUUUGUGAUUAGAUUUGGCAUCUGAGUAGCAACGUAAGUUAUUUAAGGAUAUCCUGUUCUUGAUCAAUUUACCUGCAUGAAAUAGCACCUUCAGAAAAAAAAAGGCAGCCGGUUCUGCUGUUCUAGAGUGCGGUUUUCUCAACAGCUACAGAUUUAGCUACUGCACAACUGCAGUGAUUCUUUUCAGAGUACUGAAACAGAAAACAGGUGCCUAAAGAGUAGCAGAACUAACAAACAAAAAUUACCUAGUGCUUGUGCAGUAAAGCAGAAAAUAAAAUUGGCUAGAAAUCUUGUUGAAAUCUAGCAUUGCAGCAAAUCUCCACAUAAAAACAAUUGAUGAGUCAUAAAAACAAGUGUGUUUAAAUGCUGGUAGCACAACACUGCUGUGCACUUAGAUUUGUGCACUUGAAGUGACUUGAUAAAAACAGCUGGAGAUAUGGGUCAGAACUAUUGCCUCUUACCUAAUAAAGCUAUUUCAGCAAUUCGGUAACAGUUUUUCUCACAACUGUGAAAAUUGAGGUGCCCUGCUAUAAUAACUUUUUUCUUUCUCACACUUCUCAUCAGCUCUUUCCUGGUGGUAUUUCUAAGUGCAUAUGCAGGAUGUUGACGAGACUAUCUCACACAAAAAUCUUGAAAGACUGCAGUGGCUUUUUGCCAGUGAGAACUAAAGCAUGACUACCAUCCAGGAAGUGAGUGGAUUUUUCCUUCCAUUUCCCUGAAAAACUUGCCAAAUUCCUGCAAAACGCAAAUUUUUUUGUGAAGUUGUCGAAGCUCAUAUGAACAGAGAAGGAGAACCUUUUUGUUUUUUUAUAAGUCCUGCAAAGCUACUUGGUAUUUGAAAUGCUGAAGAGGAAAUUACGGUUUUGCCACAACUUGCGCUUUAAGCUUUUCUUGGGUCUAACUCUCAUUUUAGUAAUAAUUUCAGUUUUGAAAGUUAACCAGAAAGAAGACUUCCUGAAUCGGAGACAUCUGGAGCUAACAAAGGAAGAUCCUAUUAGCAAUGUUAACUGCACCAAGAUUAUUGAGGGGGAUAUAGAAGAAAUACAAAAGGUACAGCUUGAGGCACUAUCAGUGUCGUUUAAGAAACGCCCCAGACUAACAACAGAUGAUUAUAUUAACAUGACUGCAGACUGUGCCUCCUUCACCAAGACUAGGAAAUACAUUAUGGAGCCUCUCAGUAAUGAAGAAGCAGAAUUUCCAAUUGCUUACUCAAUAGUUGUUUAUCACAAAAUUGAGAUGCUUGAUAGACUUCUAAGAUCAAUCUACGCUCCACAGAAUUUUUACUGCAUUCAUGUAGACAAAAAGUCUCCAGAAUCCUUUUUUGCUGCUGUGAAGGGAAUAGUCUCAUGUUUUGAUAAUGUCUUUAUUUCCAGCCAGUUAGAAAGUGUGGUAUAUGCUUCAUGGAGCAGAGUGCAGGCGGACAUUAACUGCAUGAAAGAUCUCUACAGAAGAAGUUCAAACUGGAAAUACCUAAUAAACCUAUGUGGUAUGGACUUUCCUAUAAAGACAAACCAGGAAAUAGUAGAGAAAUUAAAAGCCCUUAAGGGUGAAAACAGCUUGGAAACAGAAAAAAUGCCAGUUUAUAAAGAAGUAAGGUGGAAAAAACACCAUGAGAUUGUUGAUGGUAAAAUAAAGAACACAGGCAUAGACAAACAACUACCACCUCUCAGUACUCCAGUUUUUUCUGGCAGUGCUUAUUUUGUAGUUAGCAGAAGCUUUGUAGAAUAUGUACUAGAAAACAGCAAAAUACUUAAGUUCAUUGAGUGGGCGAAAGAUACUUACAGCCCAGAUGAGUACCUGUGGGCAACAAUUCAGAGAAUCCCUGAAGUCCCAGGCGCAUUUUCUUCCAGUGACAAGUAUGACGUUUCUGACAUGAAUGCACUGGCCAGAUUUGUCAAGUGGCAGUACUUUGAAGGUGAUGUGUCCAAAGGUGCACCCUACCCACCAUGCAGUGGAGUUCACAUUCGCUCUGUCUGUGUUUUUGGAGUAGGAGACUUGAACUGGAUGCUACGAAACCACCACUUAUUUGCUAAUAAGUUUGACACUGAUGUCGACCCUUUUGCAGUGAAGUGCUUGGAAGAGUAUUUGCGGCACAAAGCUCUGUAUCUGCAAAAGAACUGAAACGUAUGCUCCUGUUAGGUAUUUAUACAAAGGUGCAAAUACCCUACUGCGACAUACUUUAACGUGUUACAGCAACGGUGGUGAUGCUGAUAAUGGGUAUAAUGAUUCUCACCAUGUUGGUGUGGUGGUGCUCGUGCCCUGCCUUGUCCAUGGACAAGGGGGAGAAAACUAAAUGUCUCAAGUAUGCCUUGUGGCAUAUUGAGGCUUGGAGCUUUAAGUACAAAAUCAGACAGCAGUUUUUGGAAAGCCAGUUAUUUGGAAUAUUUAUUAUCCAGAAGGGAUAGAAGGCAUAAUUAAUGGACUUCCUUUGGCUAAACUCUUUUAAGGCAUAGAAAAUGCAUAUUGUUCAUGGUUAUUCUCAUCUUUUUAUUUUUUUUUUUCCCAUGAUUGUAAUGCUAGCUGGAAGAGAUAGAUGAGGGGAUGGGGUAAAAAGCAGCUGGACUGCACUUCAUAUUAAGUACUGAAAGAUCUCAGGAAUAUAACAUUAGAAAUGAUCUAAAAGCUGUGCAAAAGGGGAUAUGCAAAGCCAGCUAUUACCAUUUUACUUAGAUCUGUUUGCUGCAGUUCUCUUACAUGAAAUUGUUAAUCCUAUUGAAAAUUUGUCUUCAGCAUGGAGUAUUAAGGAAUUCAAAUCUUUAUUUUGUAUUCUUAAAGCACCCUGAUACUGUGAUAUAUAUUGUGUAGGUACUUUAUACACUAGUUUGUAAUUACAUCUUCUCAGGGAAACUUCAGUUUUGUACCUGAUGAGAUUAAGACUAGUAAUUUUACAUUUCUUACUGUAUGGGAAGUUUUGCUUUUGUAUCCAAAAUCACACAAGCUUCUCAAAACUUUAAGAACUGCAGUAGUGUCUAAAUAUUACUGAUGGAACUGCUGGUUUCUGCUUUCUGUUAAGCUCAACUUGUAUUCCAGAUUAUUUUAACACUAAUUUUGGAAAAAAAUAAAAUUAUUUUUUUAAAUUA